GAAAUAACAAGAUUAAUAUAAUAAGAGAAUUAUUAUCAAUAUACUAACAUACUAUUAGUUUGUAGGAUAAGUCUCAUGAACUAAUAAAUAGGGGGCACAGUCUAGGAGGAGUUUACGUUCUCGUCAAGACAACAAGAGAGAAGUAGACAGAGAAAGAAACUUAAAGAUCGAUGAGUUCCGUAGAAAAAGCGAUGGAGGUGAAGGAUGGAGAGUGGCGGCAGCGACGGUUGUUUGGCCCGAAACAAGGGAGUGUGUUCCCAAAAGAGAGGAAACUGGUCAAGACAAUGAUCUUGGAGGCUCUGUUUUCGUCUCGACCUUCUAUAAAGUCCAAGCAGACAGCAAAGCCACCGUGUAGCAAGCGCGUGCAGCCCACGCUCCGGUAGCCUCCAAAUGAUAUUUUACUUAAAUUAGUCUCUCUCUCUCAUGUGUGCCUUUUUAAAAAAGUAUAGCUGCAUGUGUUAUUGAUUUCGCUAGCUUCUCUGUGUAUUACAUAUGUGAUUCAUUGUGUAUCCGUGUUAAUCUAAGAUUUAUAAUUUACUGCAUAUCCGAAUUAAGAAGCAUGUACGUACUUAUAUUGUUUUCUUAAACAAAAGAUUGCAAUUUGUGUGUUCUUUGAAAUGAUUACCCA